UACCGUUCAAAAUAUUCGGCUGAACCUCAAUAUCAGGAGACCGAGAGAAUUUCGGGCGCCAGAGUUACUUCGAAGCAGCACAAUGGCUCUCAGAGAGCUUCCAUCAGCUCUUCGGAGGCUGGCGGUAAGAGACACACUAUCGUCGACCUCAUUUGCACGAAAUUGCCGCCGAUGUGUAUCAACUGAAGCAGCCGCAAAAAAUGCAUCUGAAGACCUACAAGACCUCGAAUCGCGAUCAUCUUACUCUCCCAUAUCUGUCGCUGCAAAUGAGCAAAUUGGGACAUAUGAUCCAGUGAAGAGAGUGCAGCAGCGGAGGAGACAACUUCCUGCCAGUCGAUACCAAUACAAAUCACCAAGAUACUUCCGCGGACAGUUUCAUCCUCACCAACCUCCUCCGAAAUCAGAUCCUGCCUCAAGAGAAUAUGUUCCAGGCCCUUUCAACUAUUCCAGAUUAGAGCAAACCUACCAAUCCAUGAUUGCUCCCGACCUGAUGACAAUGGCAUAUGUCCACAAACCACCAGGAACAGUGACUGUUCCCAAAUCAGAGCGAUUGCGCACUUGGGACGACAGCUCUCCAUAUCAUAAAGGCAGACCGAAGCGUGGACCCAGAGGCCCAGGAGAAGUUCUCCGAUUGGUUGAGAAAGACAUCCAUUGGAGGAACAUCCCAAAGAUUGAGGAGGUUACUGUGCACAGUAUGGUCAAAGGGGCGAUCGACGACUCAGCACAUCUACACAUAGCAGGAAUGCUGCUUCAGGCUGUGACUGGAGUCAGACCAAUAGUGCACAAGGCGAAACACAGCGUUGCUCAGUUCGGUAUCCGAGAGAGCAUGCCAAUUUCUCUUACUUGCACCAUGCGGGGAGAUAUGGCCUACGAAUUCGUUGACAAGUGUAUAAAUCUGGUAUUUCCCAGGAUUAAAGAUUGGCCUGGUAUCAAGGGAACGACUGGUGAUAGCAGUGGCAAUAUCAGCUUUGGUUUCAGCAGAGAAGGGGCUAUUUUGUUCCCAGAGGUGGAAAUCAACUACGAUAUGUACCCACCAAAGAUGAUUCCAGGUUUCCAUGUUACAGUCAAGACCUCCGCCUCAUCAGAUAGACAUGCAAGACUAUUGCUUAGUGCAAUGGGUCUUCCUUUCUACGGAAAGUUGAUAGACUAGACUAGGGGUGGCCUGCUACUAUAUCUUUAGAAUUGUACAAGAUAUGUAUACUAUUUGUACACAACCAUGUACAAUCAAACCAUUUGCAACAAUUCCUCUUCAAGCAAAGUGAACAAAGAUAUGGGAUCUUGGUGAUUUACUGGUGUAGAGAUCACCUGGUUGAGAAGUAC